CAGCCAUAUUGCAAGCAAGUAGGAAAGGAACUUGUACGCUUUGGUGGUAAAAUGGUGAAUUCAUUUCGAGGAGUGUGGCAUGCAGUAGCUGCUACCACUGCCACCUUUGCCAACGCACGGUGGACCGACCGACCGACCAACUCCAAACACCACGAACCAACAAUCGACAUCAGGCUAGGCCGUCCAUCAGCCGGUAAUCGGCAAUUCUCAACAUAACCGGUGUAUGCGUUUAUGCUACAGAGCUGAGCGUAUAGCGCAUAGAGUGAGUGAAAAAAAGAGCGUCACCACCACCAGCAAGAGCAUGUAUCCCAAAGAACACGGAAGGGCGGCUAGAGUCGGCUGGCGGAGCGGCAGUGUAGAGUAGCACUGAGCGCAAAGGUACAAUGGCUUGGUUAAUAAAUAGGCAGUUGAAUGCAGGCAAAGGCAAAGCAAAGGCAAGGCAAUUCAAGUCAACUGCAUGCAUCAGGCAUAUGAUGUCCGUCCCAACGGCGCACCGUUGACGCGAUAGAGCGACAACCAACCUUCUGAGCAAAUCCCAACGCUAGCGUGUAGUCAGUAUAAACCGUACGGUCUUUGCGUUCACGCCACUCAUUUCAAUGUACGCUUACAACAAAUGUGUAUUUUAAAUAUUAUCGCUAUUGUAAAUGUUGCUGGUGUUGCUACUAUUACUGCCUGCAUUUCCACUGUUGCAUCAACACACUAACAACAAGAACAACAACGACGUCACAAUUGCAUUCGCUGUGUAGCAUAUUGUAUGGUGCACUAUAGUUAGUUUCCAGUGGAGUUUACAGUGCAUGUGCUUAGGUUUGUGCAUUCAAUUCAGCCUCGCGUGGUGCAUGCAGGCAGGCAGGCAGGCAGGCGGUAGCCAAAUAGAGGCAGCACAAACAGUACAACAGCAGUCAGUAAGGCAGGCAGUCAGUCAGCCAGCUAACCAUCAGCCGGUUUGUUGGUUAGUUAGUCAGCGACUUAAGUCAAAGUGUCAGCCGGUCGUUGGGUCGGUGCAUUUACUCGUUCAUUCGCUCGCUCGUUCAUUCGUUUGCAACACAAAGUGUUAUUCUUGUGUUUCACAUAGUACUUAGCUUUGGAUUUCGUGCAGAAUCAACAGCAGCAGCAAAAACAAAACAGCAGACCAGAAGCACUAAAAGUAAGAACAAUUAGCGUCAGAAACAAUUGAAAGCCGCUAUUGAGCGGACGGUCGGUCGGACGGUCGGUCGGUCUGGAAAGCGGUCUCCAAGGGCAGAUUGGUCUGUUUUAAGCAAUAACUUGUUUUGAGAAUAAGUAAAUACAAAUACACAUUUGUACUUACACAAAAAAGCAAAUAUGCUUAGCACAAAAAUAACUUAAAAAAAUGGUUACUGGCUACCUCAAGACUCAACAAAAAAUUAAAAAAUAAUAAUAAGUGAAAGACGACAAUGCUCUAACCAUACGGAAAAGAAAACAAGUGUGCAAGCGUUUUACUAACACCACAGUGAGGAGUGUAAAGCCAGGAAAAGAUACAAAAAAAAUAUAAAUUCAAAGAAGCGACAGCUCAGCACAGCUCGGCACAAAAAAAAAAAAUCCAAUACUAAAAAAAAAAAUUUCGCAUUCGCUCAAAGCUGAACCCAAAAGCUGCGCUCUGCUACAGGUGAAGUGUGCUAGUGUUAGUGUUGUAUAAGGCAAAAAAUAAAAGAAGCCAGAAGCGAAGUUACCACACUGUAGCUGACGAAGUGAAGUGAACUAGCCGCUAGCGUGGCUUAAAACAGUGAAGAAUGUAGAAAGGUUGGUAAAGUAUACAAAAUAAUCGCUAAAUUGGCUAAAGCAGCGCGUCAAGAAGGUAACGAACGACCACACAAAGCAGUCGCAGUCGCAGUCACAAUCGUCGCAUUCGAAGUAAAGAGUUGAAGCAAAAAGCGCACGUGAACACAAUAAUAAAAUGUAUAAAUAACAAAAUAAAUGAAAUAACAACCUCAACAGCACUAAAAGGUUAUGUAUUCAAACCAUAAUUGAUAGUAAAACGAUACAUGAUACACGAAGAAGAAGAAGAAGAAUAAAAACUCUGUGAGUUGAGCAACACAGCACAAAAAAGCAACAAAGUUGGAAUAUCUGGAGAAGCCACAGCAAAGUUAAUAAAAAAAAGAACAGAAAAAGGCACAGAGCCAGUAACGGAGCGGCUAAAAAAGUUGGCUCAAACCAACGCACAAACAAACGCACCUUCAAAAGAGUGUAUGUAUUUGAAUGCACACAAAAAAAAGAAGAACGUUACUCCUACAUACUUGUAUUUACUGCUGUGAUUCAACAAGCCAAAAGCGCUCCAAGAGUGCUCCAAGCAGAGCAGAGACCCAGCGCGCAACACGCAUACACGAAGCUACCUCCAACAAAAAAAAAAAUAUUAUUACAAAAACAAAAAACCCACACACGUUCUAAUCCGCCGUAUACUUGGUUUUUAUUUUUACUUACCUAUUGUACGAAUUUCAAGUAUAAAAAGUUGAAAAUUAACACCACAUCAAAAUGAUGAUGAUGGACACAACUAGCGGCGAACAGGCCGGUCCGUUGGAUAGUCCGCGAGCAGGUGAUGUGCCAGCGAUUGCCGCUGCGACAUUUACACUCAUGGAAAAAAUAGACGAAGCGGUACACACGGAACACAUGGAUGCCGCCGAAGCGGAAGAGAGUAAUAAUAAUCACAUUGGAGUGCACGAAUAUAAGGAACAUCGUAAGAGUAAGAAGAAGAAGCGCGAUAAGCGUGAUAAAGAACGACGUAGCGAGAAACAUCAUCGACGCGAACGUGAACGUGAACGCGGUGAUGGUGGUGAACGUCAUCAUCAUCGACGUCGUCGUGAUCGCGAACGUGAGCGUGAACAUGAACGUGAUGUUGCCGCUGCCAACGAACAUGAUCAUCAUUGUAAUAAUCGUGACGCAUCACAUCAUCAUCAUCAUCAUCAGCAGCAGCAGCAGCAGCAGCAUACGCAUCUUACGCAUCUGAAUCACCAUCACAACCAUCACUCGACAUCAGCAUCGUCAUCACCCUCCUCGUCGGCGUCAUCAUUUUUAUCAGCUACAAUAUCAAAUGAAUAUAUUGCCGUAUCACCAGCCGGUUCAUCGCCAUGCUGUAGCUUAGUGUCAGCGGUGAGCAGCAGCGCCAGCGUGGUGACCGCCACAACGGCAACAGUGCAGGCAUAUCCGCACAAUUUGAAAAUACGUUUCCUGCUUUCCGGGCAAAAAACUGAGCUGAGUCCACCCGCACAUCAAACACACAACACCGACACGAAUAGUGGCGCGCAAAGCGGGAGCAACGGCAGUGGCGGUGCUAGCAAUAACAGUCUCAACUCCGCCUCAUCAGGUAUAACAUCCGCUUCAAUAUCCGCCUCAAUCGCCUCUUCAACGGCUGCAGCAACACUCUCCUCCUCCACCACCGCCUCGCACAAAUACGCGCUAUCAUCAUCAGAUGCUAAAAGUGCUGGCGCAACCAAUCUAAGCACCAGCAAUGUCAUCUCGUCCGCGCCGAGUGCGCACAAAUCCGGCUCCGGCAGUGGCGGCGGCGGCGGCAGCAACAGUAACAACAACAAUAACGGUGGCAAUGUAACCAACCAAAUGGGUGGCGGUGGCAACAGUUACACUAACGCCAAGGAACAACAUCAUCGCGAUGACCGUUAUACGUCACAAGCGCAAGCGAAUUGUGGGGCGAAUACUGCCGCCGCAGCCGCCAAUGCAGCUAACGCGGCAGCCAAUGCGCCCAGCCUAUACGUAUCUGUGCCACUCUCCACCGCCAAUGUACCUGGAAUCAAUUUACCAACAAAUAGCGUAGCGAGUGGUGCGACAGAUCACCAUGCGCCACCCUCGCAAUCAACGCGUGCCGCAGCGGCAGCAAUCAGCCAGCAGCAGCAGCAGCAACAACAUCAAGGCGGUGGUGCUACAUCGAUUUCCAUGAGCGGCAGCAUGUUAGGUGCGCAUGCGAAUGCCUCGUCAACGCCACUGGGUGGCGUCGGUAGCAUCGGCGGUGGUAGUGGCAGUGGUAGUGGACUGCUGGAGCGACAAUCACCACGGCAUCAUCAUCAACCGCCAGCGCUUUCCGAGCAUCAUAGCAAUAGUAAUAGUAGUUACUUUGCUAACUCGCCCGCUGGCAUGUCGGCCGCAACGCAUAGCAGCGUCAUACAUCAGAGCGGUAAAUCGCCAUCGGGUGGUAGCAUGAUGCUGAGUGCGACCAGUAAUCCCAAUUUGAUGGCCACUACAACGGAUACUGGCAGCCUGAAAAUUAGUUAUGAGAAGCAAACAACGCGUGUCAGUCAAUUGCAAGAGCAGGAAACAGCACCAGUGCGAAGGAGCAGUAAUAGAAAUAGCAAUAGCGCCACUAACGCAACGCAACAGCAACAACAACAAUCACAGCAACAGCUUCAGUCGCAGUCGCAGCAGCAGCAACAACAGCAACAGCAGGCCAGCGUUGCUGCUGUUGGCGGCAGCAGUAGCAAUGAUAUCAUUGAAAUUGUGCAAUUAACCCCAUCCAACUCUUCUACUUCUUCUACGCUAACUCAUCAUCAUCAACACAACGCACCACAAUCAAAAACAUUGCAAUCAUCCCCUGCAAAUGCUGCUACCACACCAACAACUACUUCUUCUACCGGUGGUAUUCACCACAGAACGCCGGACAGCGGUAUAUUUUCCUCCUCGUCAUUUGUCGCGAACAGCAGUGCCAUCUCGAAUGCCUCCUCCAGCAGCAGCAGUAGUAGUGGUGGCGGUGGCCUUAAAUUCAGUUACGAACCUCAAAUCUCCAGCAUUGGUACACCGCCCACCAUCGAUUCCACGGCUGCGCAUCUACUUACUGCCGUCACAACAGCAGCCGCGUCACUUAGUGCUGUGACAGGCAAUAUCACCACAACAACAACUUCGACCACGGCCAUCAAAGACUCGCCGCCCAGCUCGCCGGGCUCUGAAGUGAGUGCGGUCGCCACAGCGCCACGUAAGCGCGGCCGCAAAGCUAAGGAUCCGCUUGCAAAUGAGGCGAAAGUUGAUGUGAAAUUAUUUCAAAAUGGUGGACAUGUGAUUGGUGCCACACCCACAACAGCUGCUGUAACGUCAGCAGCAACCAAUGCAGCUUCAAGUGCGCCCAGCAGUGGUACAGCGUUGCACACAGCCGCUCAUAUGCUUGGCAAUCAACUGAAUCCGAAUAGCAAUGUGGCGCAGAAGCUCUCCGAUCAACUACACAUGGAAAUACAGGAUCACAGCAUCUACACUGCAGAUGUGGUAACACAGCAAUUUGUGGGAGUGCCCUUCCCCGGCAAGUCGACAGUGCGAAACUCUACAGCGCCAAAUGUAACUGGCAAUAAUACGGCUGGCACGAAUUCGGGCAGUGCAACAACUGCUGCAGCUGAAAUGUCGGGUGGCACAUCGUUGGCCUCGAUGUUUGGCAGCGGUGUGAAUGGAAAUAUGGCCAUACCGCAGAGUUUGGAGCAGCUGCUCGAACGUCAGUGGGAGCAAGGCUCACAGUUUCUGAUGGAGCAAGCGCAGCAUUUUGACAUCGCUUCCCUUCUAUCCUGCCUACAUCAACUGCAACGUGAAAAUGUUCGCCUAGAGGAGCAUGUGACCAGCCUAAUAGCACGACGAGAUCAUCUAUUGGCCGUUAACGCACGCCUCGCCGUGCCACUGAAAACCAAUACAACACAGAGCCAAGCUUAUAUCAGCAAAUAUGAGCAAAUGCUACAGCUCUUUCCGAAGCCCACCUAUGCAGAGUCGAGAGUGUUGCGUAGCGGCAGCAAUACGAAUUUCAGCGAUCACCCCUGCAAACGCACAUGCCGAGCAGAUCAGCCCAUGACAUGCUACUACUACUUCGUUGUGCAUUACGAUGAGACCUUCAAUCCGAGUUGUGAGCGUUAUCUCGAUAAACGAUUUCGUUUCAAGGUUGGUGGACGCGAGUAUAUCGACACAUUCGCAGUGCGCAACUUUGAAGGUUACGACGAUUGCAAAUACGCGGAUGGUGUAAAAACGGAAGUGAUGGUUGUUAACGGGCAAUUGCCGGGACCAGCUGUUGAGGUGUGUGAGGGAGAUACGAUAGUGGUAGACGUUAUCAAUAGCAUGCAUGACAUUACAACCAUACACUGGCAUGGUUUGCAUCAGCGACAGACACCGCAUAUGGAUGGGGUGCCAUUUAUUACUCAAUAUCCAAUAGAACCGGCUCAGGCAUUUCGCUAUCGCUUUGACGUGGAUCAUAUCGGUACACAUUGGUGGCAUAGCCAUGUGGGACACCAACGUGGCUUCGGUUUAGCCGGCGCAUUGGUGGUACGACAGCCCAAGGCUAAUGACGGGCAUGCUUCAUUAUAUGACUUUGACGCUUCGGAACAUACGAUCUUGCUACAGGAUUGGAUGUACGAUCCUGAUGGAUCAAAACCACAAGGAAUAUUGGUUGAUGGUCUGGGACGAAAUCUACCGCCAGUAAAUGGUACCAAGACAAAGCCUACUGCACCGACGCUCUACUCAACCUAUUCGGUAGUGCGCGGCGGCCGGUAUCGCUUUCGGGUAAUUUUUAACGGUAUCGCCAAUUGUCCGAUAAGCUUAAGCUUCGAUAGUCACGAGCUCGUGGUCAUCGCCAGCGACGGUAAUGACAUUGAACCUGUUAAGGUGCGCAAGAUCACACUGCAUGGCGGCGAACGUUACGACUUCGUUUUGCACGCCAAUCAAGGCGUUGAGAAUUAUUGGAUACGCGUCAAGGGACACAACUUCUGCAAGCCAAAUAAAUUGCACCAGGAAGCGAUACUACACUACCAGGGUGCUAGCAGGCGCGCAUUACCAAAAGCUCCAGUAUUUUAUGAGUAUGAACCCAGCGGUAGGGAGCUGAACACUGUCGAUAAGCCACCAAAUAAUGAUGAUAAUUUGAUAACAAUCGUCGACUUGAAAGCGUUGGAGAAACGCGCCGCUACAACAACCAUUCCGCACCGCACCUACUACACCAGCAUGACUGUGCGCACAAAAAAUGAGUUCCUAUUUCAAAUUGACGACAUUACAUUCACAAUGCCGCCACGUGUCUCGCUAUUGCAGGCGCGUAAUCUGGGAAUCGGCCAAUUCCUCUGCAAUAAGACGCAGCAGGCCGCAAUGGGUUUGAAUUGUCGCGGUCGUGAGUGUAAAUGUGCCAAUGUUAUCGAGGUGCCGGCUUUCAAGGAUGUCGAGUUCGUUGUCUCUAGUACCACUGCAACGGCUCAUCCCAUACACUUGCAUGGCUAUACGUUUCGUGUUGUCGGCAUUGGCGUACUGGGAGAAGAUCGUAUUAGAAAUAUCGAGGAAAUUGAUCGUCGCACCCCGCUGCCGCGUCGAGAGCGUGGUGCCCCACUUAAAGAUACCGUACAAGUGCCUGCGUUUGGCUAUACUAUUCUGAGAUUCUACACCGACAGCCCGGGUUAUUGGAUUCUGCAUUGUCACAUAUCAGUGCACUCGGAGAUCGGUAUGGCGGCGGUAUUGCGGGUAGGCGCCCAUCGGGAAAUGAAAACUUGUCCGGUGAGCAACUGUGGACUUUGCAAUUCGGUGUUUUGAGAGCUGAAAUUACUUUACUAUUUGUUUACAUUCGGAUAUACAUACAUAUGUAUAAUAUUUUUUUAUAAAUGAAUAAAAAAAUGCAUUACAUAACCAUUCAGUGGUAUAGACAUGGGUAAUAAACAAAUUAAUUAACAAAACGGAUUUCGCGUUUUUUUUUUUCGGAUAUACAU